AAUAGGUAGGGUGACACAGCGUGUCUUUACCUAGGUGUGAUCCGAUGACCUAAGGAUGGCCAAUCCUGCCAGCACUUAUAUCAUAUGCAGCGUAGUUUCGAAUUGGCUCCAAAUAUGCAAGAUCGUUUCCCUGCUUUUUCUUGGUCUGGCAUUCACACCACUUCGUAACCCUUGAGAAUUCAUAUAUUUGGCGAAGACUCCAACCAUUAUAUUGAAUCUAGAACAUUAGAAGGUCCACUCAGGCUUUCAAGCUCGGUUUGAAAUCUUACAAGAUCUCGUCCGGACCAGUCGCGAGAAUGCCGCCGGCCUCUGGGUUACAUAGCAAUUUCGAUAAGGCAUCGAUAUGAAUCCACACAGUAUGGAUGUACUAAGCGUCAUCACCGGGACGGCACAGCUCAUACAGUUGGCCGGGUCUCUGGCGAAGGCUCUGAGUCGUUUCAUCGUGAGGACUAAAUAUAUCCGUGACACUAUCGGGGAGGUACACGAUGAGAUAUCUGAGCUGCAAAUAGCUGUAAGCGAAAUAAAAAAGAUACUUGAGAAGCGACCAAAACAGCUACCCUUCGAACGUGAUCAUCACGCAAAAAUCCAUCGAAUCAUCCAGUCAUGUCACGCCUCAUUAGAGACGCUCGCCCGCGAGGUUCCGGAGCUCAAAGACAACACAGGAACACUCGAGCGAAUGCGACGAACCAUCGAACAUUCUCUAAAACAAGAGCGUAUCAAGGAUUUAAUCCAGCAUAUUAGCUCGUAUAAAGCCGUCCUGCAACUGAGCCUGACGACACUCUCGUUAGGUGCGAUAUGGGAUACGACAAGAUCGCAGAAGCAGAUCGAAAACGAGAUUCGAAAACUGACCGAUGCUAUACGGAUGUCCCCUCACCUCUCUUUAGGCCGCACGAAGAAAAGGGCUACGCCAUCAAUACAUAUACAUAACGCCGAGUCCGAAGCCGAAGAGGUGGUCCCGGAGGAGAGCGCAUUAGAAAAAGAAAUCCGGGACUGGCGUAUAACAGCCAACGACGUAGCGACGGCAGUGUCCCUUAAUGAUUUCGACGGCGCUUCCGUUGACUCACGCUCUAUCCCUCCGAACUCAUCCGUGAGUGUUGAGACGUUACCAUUGUAUGAAGAAGACACCUAUGACCCAGAGCCAGAUCAUAAGGACGUACCGAAUAGCAAAAUUCUCAGAUGCCAGCUGGAUGCCAACCAAGAAAUCGUACAAUAUCUAAGAAAAUGCGGUAUCUUCGUCAAGGCUGCUUCAUAUCAGCAAUCAGGAAUCAAACUCAUGGAGCAGUUGCUGAGAAUAGAUACACCACCUGAAAUAAAUUACGAUGUUUCAGCUAGGGUCGACUUUAAACACGCCUCGACCGAAAAUCUCAUUGAUAUGAAGGAGGAGCUGGCAGAUAUUUUUUUACAAUCUGAAACCGUCGAGACCGACCUUGAGGCCAAAACUGUCUUGAAGAGCUUGCUUGAUGAUGAAGUCAAGCGCAAGGCAGACCAAAUCGACGAGGGUCGCCGAAGUAGGUUGUAUCAUAAGUUGGGCAAGCUCUACUUCAAGCAAAACAACAUCAUACAAGCGGAAAAAUUCCUUAAACGUGCCCUCGAGGGUCGGCAACGAAUAGAACCAGAACCAUGUGAACUUGUUGAGGAGUCGGCGGAACUACUAGUCCAGGUUCUGCAGGAGAAACAGGCACUCGACGAGGCGCGUGGACUUCGUGAGUGGGUGAGGCGAGAGUUGCAUGCAGAUGCUACGCUCCCUUCGCCAUCAAUCGCGUCGCAUAUGACGCAGGACAAUGCUAGCAGUAUUGACCUAACCUGCGCCUAUCAGUGGUGCAAGGAGCAAGGCAGUAAGUGCAAUCCAAAAUUUAAUUGAUACUGGACUCUAGGAAACGGGUGUCCGUCGCACCAUUAGUUCCGUGAUAAAACCCAUACUAGAAAUCACACAGGUAGCAAUCACUAACCUU